AUGCUUCGGUUUGUUCGAAUCGCGUUACGCGCGCUGCAACGCCGUUAUGUGGGUGAAGGGAGCAGAAGUGAAGCUCGAUUGGUGGGCAAAGUUUCCGUCAAACACGGCAAGGAGCCAAGUGAGAUAGCCAUCGAUGACGAUGAACCUGCAGGUGGGUUGCGAAUAUGGGUGCUGGCGACCAAGUUUCUACUCAGAGAGACUGAGUUGGCCAGUCUCACCAUCGACGAAGAAGGUGUGAAGAUUGACACGAUGCAAAUGACUAUAGGAUUGCAUUUGUCAGUGCAAAAGAAUGAUCCGUCGGCAAAGGGCACUUGGCGGGCAUUAGCCUGCUCUUGUGGAAAAACCCAUCCUUCGAUCUGCCCUUAUCACACGGGCCUGGACCUUCUUAACCUACAACUGAAAAGAGUUGGCAUGAGAAGGCAAAGCGAGGCUCAGGGUUUGGGCAUACCGCUGGUGGGACAAGUCAAAACUCCGAAAGCAACAGUCGCGAAAGACAAGAUGAUCUCGCAGGUGAAGAAACUAUGCACCCUGAUGCAGUCUUCCGUGAAGGAAGCAAAGGAGAUUGAGAUCGAUCGGGUGACGGGGCACUUUGCCAGAAGGUCAGGAGCUAAGGAUUUAGCUCGGCAGGGCAUGCCUUUAACGGCAAUACAGUGGAUGGCAAGGCAUUCGUCGAAUGUCACUCUGCAAUAUGUGGAAGACGCUUGGGCGGAAGCACCACGUGCUGACCUCAGACUGCAGGAUAUCUCAAACUUGUGUGAAAUGGCAAAUGCCACCUUGGCAAGAGUUGAAGAAGUCGAAACUGCAGUGCAAGAUACGGAAGAAUGGCUGAAGAGUCAGCUUGAGAAGAUCAGCCCAACCGAAUGGGUCACCCAGGCCUCAGGUGUGGGGGAGUUCCGCAUUGCGGUGGACGGCCCCGUGAGCGCGGACAUCAGCCAGAGCUUUUUGCUUCCCAAAGGCCUUGACUUGGGUCGGCAGCAGCUGGGUGUUCAGCUGAAGGAGUAUAUAGAUUUGACUUUGAAGUUUGCCAAGGUGAGUGUGGCACGGGGCUUAGAGCUGAGCAAAGAAGAAAUCCAUGGCUUUCCAGCUACGAUGCCACCACAACCUCCUCAGUCUGCAGCUGUUGGUGGGUUGUCGUCUGAUGAUGACACAAGCUCCUCUAGUGAUAGCGCACCUGAAGACUUGCGGAUACACAUAACUCCACAAAGACCUGUGGCACGUGCCCGCAAAGGGGCCUUGGCAGAGGAGCUGGAGGAGGAGGACUCACCAGAGUCAGAGGAUGAAAAGAAAGCGCCAGCGCUCAUCACAGCGACCCGUUUGUGCAACCGACGUGAACUUGCAAGGUGUGUGCGCCAUCAACGGCGGAAGCUUCAAAUCGCAUUGGCGGCCUUGAUCCUAUCAGUGUUGCUGUUCCUCUUGAGCACCUUGAUUUUUCUGGAGGCUCCACAGGUGCAAAUGCGGCCAGAGGCUCGUUACAGAACAGAAGACAUACCACAAGAGGCAUGGUUGGCUGCCGGCUGGGGACUGCCACCAGUGAUACGGGAGGAGCGACAGCCAAAGGAUUUUGGCAAGAUCACCGGGAAGUUCACUUUGAAAGAGGCCUGGAAAGAAAGGAAGGCCAAAGAUAUGAGAUUUGACCGUUGCGGUUUGACUGCUGUAGCACUUCUUCGACAUCCAGAGCCACAAGAGCGCAUGGAAAAGGGGUGUGAGCAAGCAGGCAACCAUGGCCUGUUGCACGGGAGCUUCAAAGCGUGGCACAGCGAGGUGCUGGCUGAGAAAGAGGAACGAAAACGCCAGCAGACUGAGCAGCGCUUGAGCUACCUUCAAGGAGUUUUCCGUUCAUGGUCCACUUUGACUAGCGUGGGUAAGCGGGCUAAAGAAUUGGAGAACGAGAAGGAAAGACUCCAGAAAGAGCAGGAUGAUUUGUUGAGAGAGGUGGAGGAACACCGGAGGCAGAACUCGAAGAUGCGUGGAAGCCUAUUGGGAUUGGCCUCAGAGGCCGAUCCGCACCAGUACGUGCUGCUUGGCAUGAUAAUGGCUUCAUGGAAGGAGUUGCUGAUUGAACGGAGGCUCCUGCAGAGUCGCGAGGAAGAGCGGAAGAAGGUGGAGCAAGAGUUCCAGGAGCGGCAGGAAGAGCAACGCAUAAGUCUCAGGAUGAAUCUGCUGGCGUUGCCUCUUGAGCGUGAUCAGAUUUAUUCCAUCAAGCGACGAUUCCCGGCCUUUUCGGGCAAGGUUCCUGAGGAAGCACGUUUUUGGUCGGAAGAAGACCUUGAGGCUUUCUUUGGAAGCAAUGGCCAGAAGCAACCGCGAGAGAGUGCUCGACCAGGUGCUGAAACUUGUCCAUUGCUUUCACGCUUAAGGCUCGAGCUUGCCAAGAGAAAGAUCGAUGAGCCAACCAUCGAAUAUGCAGCGUUCAGCCGAUAUUUGCAGAGCGUGCGAGAGGACUGGUACAGGAAUCCUCGCCUUACCAGCGUAGCUGAGUGUACAGAGGUGUCACGCCUCCGCUCAUUGCAAGGGAUGCCAAGCGAGCCAGUCCUUUUAGAGAAGCCACGUGAUUGGUAUGCUCGAUUUUGGAAUUUGGACUAUUUCAAGCGGGACUGUGGUCACGACUAUUGGUUUUGCCGGCCACAGUUCCCGGCCUUUGAUGGCGAUGAAGCGGCCAUCGACCAAGUGGCACUUCAUGUCAGUAUAGCUGAGUAUGUUGAGUUCGCCCGAACUCUACAGCGAAUGGACCGCAAAUGUGACCAGGAGAAGAGUAUCGCCUUUCCACGGCUCACCAUGGAUGGCUAUGCCCCAUUCUUCGGUGUCAUGCGGAAAUUCUUUGAUGAGUGCUGGACCAAGUUGGGCCCCGAAGGGUUGCCUGACAUGACGCCCAGGUUCGCUCAAGUUUUUGCGCACGCAUUUUCUUUGCAAGAUCCUGUGGAGACGCUCUCGCGCUUUUACAAGGUGACUCUUGCAGCAACAGGCUCCAUUACAAGACUCCAUGUAGAGGUGGCUGGAGCCCAUAGCUGGUUCAAUCAGAUCGAGGGCAGGAGAGUGUUCUUCCUUUUCCCGCCAUCCGAGUCGCGGAAACUCUACGAAGAAACCGGCGGUCCCAUGCAGGAGACCAGCGGCUUUGCUACGAGCAUCAGCGGGGUGGAUCUCCUGGCGCCGAGCGCCAAGCGACACCCGCUCUUCGCUGAAGCCAAGUGCCAGGUAGCAGUCCUCUACUUGGGCCAGACUUUAGUGAUCCCUUCUGGCUGGUGGUGGUACUCGGUGUCGCUAGACCCCUCGGUGACGCUUUGGCAUCAGUUCUGGACAGAGGAGAACAAGCUACGUUUUCCCGAAAUCGCUUGGGAAUACUUCAACUAUCAGAAGAUGACACCAGAGUUUUGGACUGCUUUGCCUCAGAAGAUCGAGACCUUGAAAGAGACCAUGGGUGAAGCUGAGUGA